AUGGAUGCAUCCGCUCUGGCACAGCUUCUGCAACAAAGCUUGCCCUGCUACUUGGAGUCAGGCCACCAGUUGCAAGUGACCGCUUCUCAAGACACAGAAUGGCACCAUGUCUAUUUUGUGGAUGAUGGGAAGCAGAGGGUUGCUGUGAGCAUCCCCUCCUGGACAGGGACCGAGCUACUGACCAAAGUCUCUGCAGAGGAGGCACUGGGCGAAGCAGGCGUUGGCCCCGCACACCUGGCGACAAUCAACCUGGAAGAUGGCAAGGUUGUUUUGGUGAACGAAUUCCUGGAGGGCGGCACGCUGUCCGCAGAUGAGCUGAGCCCUGCAGUUCUUUUCCAGGUUGGGCAGCUCUACGGGAAGCUGCACAGCAGCAGCACCACCUGGUUCGAGCCAUUGAGCCAGCGCCUGGUGGAAGAGGGCACGUUGGAACUGUCAGACGGGUCCUGGGCCGCGGUGUGGAACCUCUGGCGCUUCUUCCGAAUGGUUCCAGAUGCCAACCGCCGAGAGAUGCAAGAGAAGGGCGUCGACUGGGACUUUCUCGCGGAUGAGAUUCGGAGUUUGAGCUCGAACGAUUUGCUGCCAUCGGGCCUGACCGCUGCCACUGUUUGCGUUCAUGGUGAUGCGCAUUUGGGCAACAUCAUGUGGCACAAGGGGGAGCUGAGAUUGAUUGACUUUGACAUGACCUUGCUGGGGCCCGCCGGCUUUGACCUGGCUUACCUGGUCUUGAUGCUGUUUCGGUGCGGGUUCAGCCGCGAGAUCGUUGCGAGCAUGGAGUCGCAGCGCCAGUUCGCUCAGGGCUAUUUGCAGCACAUGCGGGCGGACACGGGGGAUGAUGCCGUGGACCAGUUCUUGUUUGACAUGCACCGAUGGGCAUAUGUUGGAAUGAUACAGAUGGGCCUGCUGUGUGCCGUUCUUAUGCACCAGGAGGGCAACCCGGCAAAGCGACAGCUGAUGCAAAUGCGCGGCCCCGUGCUUUUGCAUCCGGAGUUCCUGUCCAGGGCAAAGGAUGUGAUCCAGCAAGCCAGCUUGGAUCCGAAGGAACUCUUCCCAGCGGAGCUUCCACAGGUCACCUUCGGCCAGCAAGCGGUGAACCUCACCGGGCCGCCGCCGCCACAAGUGCUGCGGUCCUUGGCGCCGCCAGAGGAUGGCAGCGAGGUGGACCGAUCGCCUGACAGGUCCAAAGAGCUGCCAACCUCGCCAGUGAGCCCGAAAGUGGUGGAGGAGUUGGCGACACUCAGAUGGGAGAAUGAGGAGAAGAAAAGGACAGUCCAGGCGCUGGAGGAGAUGGUGGACUUGCUGCAAACGCGGUGCCGUGAGCUCGAGGACGAGAGUCGCGAGUUGAUGGACCUGGCAGCAGCGGCCAAGAAGGAGCAGCAGACGGAGGCCGGUGUUCCAAACGAGCGACGGGAAGGGAUUGACCACAUCGCCUCCAUCAAAGAGAGGCAACUCUCUCGCGAACCCAUCGCGUCAUUAGGUGCGGGGGCGGGGCGCACCGAGCGUGACUCGGAGCUGGAGCGGCUGAGGCUCCGGUGCGAAGAGUUGGAGGAGGAGCGAAUGCACUUGGCCGAGCAGCUUGAACGUGGCCACAGCCAUACCGCAAGCGAAAGCUCGCCCAGGGCUGAAGACCUCCUGGCAAGAUGUGAGCGCUUGGAAGCAGAGAAGGAGAAGCUGCAAAAGCACGUUGAGAGGUUGUGGCAGAUGUGCCAACGGGAGCAGGGCCAUCAGGGGCGCCAAGCCAGUGAAGGCGAGCUCACCUUCGAGGCGGUGGUGGCCACCGUGUCUGAGGUGACAGACGACAGGAGCAGCUGGCGGCAAAGUCGGAUGCGAAUGAGCCGGACGUGCGAAGGUGCGAGCUGCUUGAACGAGAGAAGGCCGAAGUAG